AUGGGAUAUGAGGGUCAGUAUGUCCAGUAUGCAGACUCCUAUAACCCUCUGGAUGAGAAGAGCAAGUUAGCUGGGCCUCAAUUCUGGAUACAGCAAGGCCUGGACCCCAGCCUGCGGGAUCUUGCGCACAGCAUGCUUAAGACUGCGACGCACUAUUGUGCGGUGGAGGCUUUUGUUGAAGUACAGAGUCGAGAGGAGAUGGGCACCGUGAAUCAUGCUCUGUGUGCUGCUAUGCGCAAGAUGCUCAAGGACUACAUGAUCCUGAUCGCCCAGUUGGAACACCAGAUGCUCACUCAUAACGACGGCUUCACGUUGCACCAACUGAGCUUGCACACUAAAGCUACUGCGCAUAUGAUGUUGCAGCUGUACAGCGUCGCACAUGAAGUGCUUAAGGAGAACAGCAUGCUCGACAAUGAGGAGGAUAUAGACCAGACUGACGAUUUGGAAAACAUCCUGGAAUCGUUGAAGGAGGGCAAAGACGCAGCAUUGCCUGGCAAGAAGGUCUGCAAAGGCGGCUCUGUCUUGCGAUUGUUGACCAGACGUUUGUGUCAAAUGUCCGGGGAUCCAGCUGCCAGACAACUGCUGUCCAUGCUCCUAAGGGAAGCCAGCCGACCCUACAUGGCCAUGCUAAACGAGUGGCUCCACCACGGAAACGUACGCGAUCCACACCAGGAGUUCUUGAUCAAGGAGCAGAAGUCUAUUCGCCGCGAAGGGCUCGAGCAAGACUACACCGACGAGUAUUGGGAGAAGCGAUAUACCAUCCGACAAGAUGUGUUGCCUCCGCAGUUAGAUGUGCUAAAGGAUAAGGUCCUACUCGCGGGCAAGUAUCUAAACGUCGUCAGAGAGUGCGGAGGGAUUGAGAACGUGAGCCGCGAUCUGGAUGCCAGUACCGACUUCCCGCAUACAUUUGACGACCCACGCUUUAUCGACAACAUCAACGGGGCAUACUCUUUCGCCAAUAAGAGCCUGAUGUCCUUGUUAAUCAGGACACAUGCACUGCCGGCACGACUACGAAGCUUAAAGCACUACUUCUUCCUGGAUCGAAGUGACUUCUUCUCCUACUUCCUCGAGUUGACGCAUUCCGAGCUUAAGAAGUCAGGCAAGAACGUCAAUAGUGGGAAACUGCAGACCUUGCUAGAUAUGGUGCUGCGCCAGCCUGGAUCCGUGGCGGCAGAGGAUCCCUACAAGGAAGACAUCAAGGUCACCAUGAGUGACACUGGGCUCAUGGCCUGGCUGAUGAGAGUCGUGAAUGUGCAAGGCAUGGACGCCGACGCGACCACACUAUCAUCCUACACUCCUGCAGCGAUCGGUAGCACGCACAGCGAGAAAGCAGAGAAGGACAUCUCCGGGUAUGAGGCCUUGACGCUCGAUUAUUCCGUUCCAUUCCCACUCUCCCUGGUAGUGAGCAGAGUGACACUCACGCGAUAUCAGCUUCUUUUCCGAUACCUACUGAGCUUGCGCCAUCUGGAAAAGCUGCUUACGGAUUCGUGGGCGGAGCAUACAAAGGCCAAGGCCUGGACGCAUAAGACAAAAGGCGACACUGCCGUCGCUAAAAAACUUGAAUACUGGAAACGCAGGGUCUGGUGCUUGCGGAGCAGAAUGCUGUGCUUUGUACAGUCGCUGCUGUACUUUUGCACCAGCGAGGUCAUCGAGCCCAAUUGGCUAUCCUUCAUGUCGAGGCUAUCGAACGCUGCGGAUGACAAGGCCGAUGGUGAUGGUGACGGUGACGGUGACAAUGUCGCUCCCAAGGUCAAGCGCACCGUCGAUGAGUUGAUGCAGGACCAUGUCGAUUUCCUCGCGACGUGCCUGAAGGGGUGCAUGCUGACGAAUUCCAAACUUCUUCGCGUAAGUCCCGUUCUUCGGAGAAGUCUCUCUACAAUUCCGCUAACAUGCAAUGCAGCUCAAUUCCAAGGUGAUCUCUACCUGUACACUCUUCGCAAACUACACCGGCUCCUUGUCCCGAUACCUAGCUUCCGCAGAUUCAGAGCUCAUGAACCCAGCCAAUUCAAAAGGAUCUUGGGACCCGGCGAAGCUAGACAAGAUUUCUUCGAUUCUGCAGCAGUAUGAAGAUCACUUCAGCAGACAUCUGAAGAUUCUGCUCGAUGCGCUGAAUUUCUUGGCCGCCACAGAGACGGUGGUGUUUCUGGGUUUGUGUGCGAGGUUGAGUAUGGCUGCUGAAGGAGGGCCUCAAGGUGGACCUGGUCCCUCGGCGUAUGGCGCAUAG